AUGGAGGAUUGCUGCGCGAUCUGCGCGGAGCCCCUGACGCACGUGGCCUACGGCCCGUGCGGUCACAGGGACGCGUGCGUCGAGUGCGUGGCCCGCCUCCGCUUCGUGAUGGAGGAUCGCCGCUGCGUCAUCUGUCAGGUCCCGUGCGAGAGGGUCUUCGCCACGAGGCACAUGGGCGAGUACACGGAGACGAUCGGCGCCGACGGCUUCGAACAGCUGCCCAAGAGAGCCAGGGCCAAGCAGCUGCACCACGACGAUAAGCUGGACAUGUUCUUCGACGACGACGCCGUCUGCGGCAAGGUCAAGUCGCUCCGAUCGCUCGUCUGCGGCGAGUGCGUUCGGGACGCGGGCGGCGACGCCUCCGCGGUUUCGCAGCAUCAGAGCGUCAAGGCCCUGAAGGCGCAUCUCCGCGAGAGGCACGGUAAGUUCUUCUGCGAGGUGUGCCUCGAGGGACGCAAGGUGUUCCUCUCCGAACAGGUGCUCUACACGCGGACGCAGCUGGAUAAGCACCGGUACGGCGCAUCCGCGGAUGUGGACAACGCGUUUGGACAAGCCGGGUUCAAGGGGCACCCCUCGUGCAAGUACUGCAGAAAGUUCUUCUACGACGAGGGACAGCUGUACACGCACAUGCAGACGGCGCACGAGACGUGCCACAUAUGUCGCAGGCAGUGCCCCGAUAAGCACGUGUAUUACCGAGACUACGAGGAGCUCGAGCGGCACUUUCGAAAAGAUCAUCACGCGUGCUUGCACCCGGAGUGCCUCGCCAAGAAGUUCGUCGUGUUCACGAGCGCCCAGGAGCUGAAGAACCACGAGGGUUUGGAGCACGGGCGCGCGAUGACCAAGGCGGAGCGGCAGGCGGCGCUGCGCGUGGACGUCGGGUUCACGGUCGGCGACAAUGGGGGGGGGAACCAGCCGGGUGAACGAACCGCAGUCGGUAUUUCCAGCCGGGGCGGGGCGAACAACGCGACCGACGUCGAGCGCAUGCGCGCUCAGGCGCGCGCCCACGCGCAGGAGCAACUGCGACAGGCGCGGGUGAACAGCGUCGAGAGCGCGCAGCUCGAGGCUGUGCUCCGCGCGUCGCGCGAGGAAUCGGAGCUACCGAGGGUGGCGUCGGCGGAGGAUUUUCCCGAUUUGGCGUCCAACUCGCGCGGCGGCGGCGGCGGCGGCGGCGGCUUAAUCGGAGGCGGGUGGGCCGGGCGCGCGGGCAGCGGGCGCUCGAGCCCGGGACUAUCGGCCUCCGGGGGAAGCGUCGGACGGAACCUGGACGACGCCGAAGCAUUUCCGACGCUCGGCGGCGCCAAUCCCAACCGCGGUUUGAAGAAGCAGCCGCGGCACAUGCAACCGAGGGGCGGCAACCCCGCGGGGUCGGCCAAGGUACCCGCGCCUGUGCCCGCGCGCGCCGCGGAGGUGCUCGCGGCGAGGUUACGGGGGCUGGCUAACGCGGGCGGUGGCGGCGGUGGCGGUGUCGGGUCUUUCGUCGGCGGUUCGAACCCGCCGUCGCUCGCGUCCGACGAGGAACACUUUCCGACCCUCGGUCCGUCGCGGCCGAACGUUCAAAGUUCAUUCGCCGCGCCCCCGGGAUUUAACGCCGACGGCGAAGCGACGGCGCGGCCGUUACCUGCCAGGGACGUCUCCAUCGGGGGGGGUGGCUUCGAACGCGUCGCGAGUAAGCGGGGCAAAGGGCGGUGGUCGGCGGCGGACGGGGGUUUGGCGACGUCGGCGUUAAAUCCGCCGCCCUCCCGACAAGUUAGUAAGAAGGCCCAGGCGAAGACCGAGGAAGACGCGUCUCUCGCGAAGGAAGCGGCCGAUGCCGAGGUGGCCGCUCGCAGCGACGCGCUCGUCGCCCGCGUCCGGCGGACCCUGGACGCGAAGGGCGGGAGCUUCAACUCGUUCGCCAGUCUCAGCUCGCAGUUUAAAAGCGGUCAGUGCUCGGGCGCAUCCUACGUGGCCAAACUGAGGGUGAUGGGACUGGACCUCGCGAUCGUGAACGAGCUGGCGGCGCUGAUGCCCGACGGCGAUAAGAGGGACGAGCUGGAACGCGCGGCGGCGGCGGCGGCGAGGCUGAUGGGCGGCGGGGUUGGGGGCGGCGGCGGGGGGGCCGGGGGGGAUUCGAUAGGCGCGGCGGCGGCGAUUAUGUUUGGUGCCGGCAAGAGGGAUGGAAACGCGUGGGACUGUCCCGCGUGCACCUAUCACAACGCCGGCGGGAACGUGCGUUGCGACGUGUGCGACGGGUUGAGGCCCGGCGCGGCGGUCGGGCCCGUCGUGGGCGGCGGAGCGUCGUCAUCCGGUGGCGGCGGCGCGGUUUCGGGCGGCGGCGGCGGCGGCGGCAAAAAGGGUAAAGUCAAGGGGAGGAAGGUUUCCCUCACCGCCGUCGGCGGCGGCGGCGUCCGCGGCAUCGACGAAAUCGUCGACCCCGGGCGGUCGUCGCGGAGUGCGUGGGGAGCCUAG